ACUACACGCCCCACAAUGCACCGCGCGCCCCUUCCUGCUCCGUUGCUGAGAAAAAUGGCUGCAAGCAGCAGCAGUGCUGAAAGGAAUAUUCCUGAAUAUGAACUGGCGGAGCGGAAUUCCCGGAUGUUCCAUGUGGGUGCCUUCGGGGCUCUGUGGAAGGAGGCGCUGCGAGAGGAGGACCUGGCCCUCGAGCAAGAAGACCAAGGGCAGAAUGAGGAGGAAGAGGAUAACGCGCUUGCCGCCGAGUUUCAGUGCGCGCCAGAAGUCGCGGCCGAGCUGAGGGCGAUCUGCAGAGUUGACGCAUUGAUGGGACCAGCAAAGGAAAAUACCGAUGUUAUACCUGAAGACACCAAUUUAUUAACACUUAGAAUCAGACAGAAGACUCUUGAGAAAAGAGAAGAAACAAUCACUGUAGAUCGUGCAUGCAGACAAGAAACAUUUAUCUAUGAGAUGGAAUCUCACUCAAUUGGAAAGAAGCCAAAAGAUCCAGUCAACUUAGUCAAGGAGGGAGAGCUUGUCUUAACUCUCAAUAUUUACUACCCUAUUAUAUUUAAGAAGCAUAACCUUCAAAAGCCAUAUCAGACAGUGUUGGUUCUUGGCAACCAGAAUCUUACUGAACUGAGAGAUUCCAUUUCCUGUGUCAGUGACCUUCAGAUUGGAGGAGAAUUCAGCAAACAACCUGAUCAAGCUCCUGAAAACAUCAGCAAGGAUCUUUACAAGUCAGCUUUCUUUUAUUUUGAAGGUGUUUUUUAUGAUGAUAGAAGGCACCCAGAGUGCAGAGACCUAAGCAGCACAAUUAUUGAGUGGGCCGAAUCUCGCAACAGAGGCUAUGCAAAUCUUCAAUCUGUUAAAAUGGAAGACUACACAUUUAAGGACUUAAACAUCAAAGUAGGUUUUCCAUACCUAUACUGUCACCAAGGAGACUGUGAGCACAUUGUUAUCAUCACUGAUAUCAGGCUUAUUCAUCGAGAUGAUUGCCUGGAUAGGAGCCUCUAUCCCUUGCUAACACGAAAGCACUGGUUAUGGUCCAAGAAGUGCUUUGUAUGCAAAAUGUACACAGCCAGGUGGGUGACCAAUGAAGACAGCCUGGCUCCGCAAGACCCCUGCUUUUUCUGUGACGUCUGUUUCCAAAUGCUCCAUUAUGAUGAACAAGGCAACAAACUGGGAGAGUUCCUUGCCUAUCCUUAUGUUGAUCCAGGGAUUUUCAACUAAGGCUUCAUUAAAAAGGAAGAAGACAAGCUAAACUGCAAUCUUAUUUCAGUAACUGCUGAAAACACAGCUUCAAAUAUUGAGGCUAAGUUGUGGCUGUAUUGUCUUUUUCAGCAUUGUGUGCACAUUUGUAUUCCUAACUAACAAUUCAGACAGCAAGGCCAUUGCAGAAAGUUACAAAUAGUAUUAAAAACUGAAUCUGAAUGUUAUUAUGUACCUGUGUUUAGUUUUUAACUGCUCUUGGUCAGUAUGAUAAGGAGUAUUUCCUCUUGUUCUGAGUCAUAGAUAAAUUCAAAGACUAGUGAAAGCUGACUCCUCAGCUUUACAGGGUUCUUUAAAAACGUGCCACCAGUCUGGCAAAUACAUAUUUACUGCGAAGAUAAAGAAGUCUUUAGAUGGCAACUACUAGCCACUUCUGUAGUUCUAUGAAGAGGGAAAUUUAAUACCAGAUAAACCCUGGAGUGGCAAGAUGAUCACCCCUCAUUUUAAUUCUUUUAAAAAAAGAUUAUGAUCACCCCCACUGUAUUCCUCUGCUAGCUAUUUGAAGAACAAUACUAUGGAUAACUUUUUUUUUGCCUUUAAGGUUGUUGCCAUGGUUUUUGGGUGGGGGAUGGGCUUUUUUGGCUAGAAAAUCUUUUCCAUAUUCUAAUUGAAAUUUGUUUCUGUUAACUUUGAUGAUGUUACCGCACAGUUUCAUGACUAAAGGUAAACAAAGACACCUUUUGUUUAUCUUUUUCUCCUUCAGGAGAUUACAUUUUUAGUUUGAUAGCAAUUGUUUUCCUCUCUGUGAGAGAUUAGGCUGCACCAGUUUGGACAUAUUGCACUGAACAUGUUGCCUCCUGUGUUUAAUUUGGUAUUUGAUAGAAGUCUCCCUUUUUUAUGUGUGCCGCUCUCCUUUGGAAAUGAGUUCAUUUAUUUGUAAAUUAAUUCCAGAUGUCCAAUAGUUGUUUUUAUUGUAGUUAUGCUUUAUUUUAAAAUAAAUGGAUCAUCAAUUUAAAUAA